AUGUUAUCUGUUAGAUCUUUAUCAUCAUCAUUUUUGAAUAAUAAUAAUAAUCAUAGGUGUAUUCCUUUGUUAUCAUUCAAAAGAUGUUAUAUAAAUAUAAAUAAUAAUAAGAAUAAUGUUAAUAAUAUAAUAAUACAACAACAACAACAACAACAAUAUAGACAUAUAAGAAGUUAUAGUAGUAAUAAUAGUAGUAAUAAUAGUGACAUUGGUAGUAGUAAAUUAGCAAAACAAAUUAUAGAUGAUCAGCUUUCAAUUGAAAUUGGUUCACAUUUAAGGUCACAUAUAACAUCACAAGCAGACAAAAACUAUAUAUUUAAUAACUAUUUGGUAUCAUUAAUUGGUCAAAUCUAUUUAGAGAAUGGAGAAACACCGAUUAUUGAUUAUGUACUACCUGAAUUCAUUAAUUAUUUAGAUAAUCUUUCAGUUUCAGAAUUGGAACUAUAUCAACUUACGGAUUACUCUAAAGAUUCAAUGUUAAAGAAGAUGCCACAAGUCUCUGUUGACAAACUACCUAUUCCAAUUUGGUUUUCAAGUAUUAUUCUAUCGUCGAUUGGCAAUGACAUUCAUCUAACAAGAUUACAAUCACUCCUAAGACAACAAGGUAGAAAUAUGUCAGAAUUCCAAUUGGUACAAGAAACAGGUAGAGGUAGUAAGAACUCUAUGUUCUUUUAUGUUUUAUAUAAUCAGAAGAAGCUGGGAAAGAAUGAUUCACAUGAAAUUCUUGGUUAUGGCGCAGCAUCAUCGAUGAAACAGGCACAAGCAGAAGCAACAACUGAUUCUCUAGUUAGACAACUAUGCUAUCCACAGAAUAAAUAA